UUUUGCGGGGAAUCUCGUCCUGCCAAAAAUACAUCUGACCCACCACCACCGUGCCGCCGCUCAGCCUCGCCGCCGGCGCCUCGCGUCGCCGCCCUCGCCAUCCCCGGCAGUCCCCGUCCACCUGCCCCGUCCGUCCGCAACCCUGGUUCCUCCUGAUCAAUGGAUGACGGGGACCUCGACUUCUCCAACCCGGAGGCGUACCUGGACGCUGCCGGCGGCGGAUGCUCCAUGGACAGCUACUUCGACGGAAUCCUCAACGACACGGAGCACCUCGCGUGCACCCACACCCACACCUGCAACCCGCCCGUCGACGACAGCUCGCACACCCACACCUGCGUCCACGUCCACACCAAGAUCGUCUCGGCGUCCUCCGACGACUCCCCGGCCGGCAACGGCGCCUCCAAGAAGCGGCCGUCUGGCAACCGGGCGGCCGUGAGGAAGUACCGGGAGAAGAAGAAGGCCCACACCGCGCUGCUGGAGGAAGAGGUGGUCCGGCUGAAGGCUCUCAACAAGCAGCUGCUGAAGAAGCUCCAGAGCCACGCCGCGCUCGAGGCCGAGGCCGCCAGGCUCCGCUGCCUGCUCGUCGAUGUCAGGGGGAGGAUCGAAGGGGAGAUCGGCGCUUUCCCUUACCAGCGGCCUGCCAAGAACGUCGAUUUGGUUUCUUCUGGUGUUGAUCAGGGGGGGUUUCUUGGCAGCGCCCAGGUUACUAUUAACUCGUGUGAUUUCAGAUGCAACGAUCAGAUGUACUGCAAUCCAGGGAUGCAGAUGAGAGCAAUGGGCGAUGAUGGUGCUAUGAGUGGCCAGAUGUUUGGGCAAGGCGCCGGGGAUGUUGCAAACAUCCAAUGCAUUGGGAGUGCGAAAUCUGGGCUCACGAUGCCCCCAGGCUGUGGGGGUAUGGGGACAAUGCCUUCUGGCUGUUUACCCAGUUCCGAAAAGCAGUGAAGGAUAUCCCGAGGUGCAUAUCUUCUCCUUGGCAGGCACUAUCGGUUCCCGUGGAGGGAAGACGGUAUAAAUUGCUACCUUCUAUCCGUCGUGCUGGUUCUCGAACAGUUGUGUGUGAUUCUGUCGCCAAUGAUGCUUCUUUGACGGUGGCCUGAGGCGCUGAAACUUUGUUGGGUCUAGAGCUAUCAGGACAUUCUCCUUCAAUUUUCCCUAGUUGCCACUUCCAGUUUCGCCAUUAGAGUUUGACUGCCUUGCUCCCUGUUUCGAGGCACUCUCUCUUACAAAAAGAGUCGAAGCAGAAUGGACAAAUCCUAGGGAAUCAUGAAUAAUAACCACAAAUAUAUGUUCAGUUUGGGUAGACCCCGACGUUGGAUUUGAUGUAAACCUUAUGUAAAGCACAUUUUCAUGGAUCAUUUCAGAGUAGUUGGUGUGCCUGUA